UAUGGGGUAAUACCAAGGAGGAACUUACUCUGUAGAUGGGCUCUCUGCUACAGAUGGGGGGGAAGGGGAGACGGGUUGUUAUGUAUUCACACUGGAGGAAUGAUUCUCCUCUCAAAAAUAUCCCCACCAAUAACUUGUCCAACUGAGUGUUCAAUGUGCUCUUCGUGACUGCAUGAGUGAAGCAGAAAUCCAGAGCUUCAAUUGCAGUGGCCACAACAGCAGGUCUGGCCUGUUGUUUGGUGAUUCAUUUGUGAACCAGGGAAAUUCUUUACUCAUUCCCCACCUCCUCCAAACUACCAGUUCUUUGGCUGUAAAAGAUAAAGCCUCCAACCCGUCUAACAGGCAAGAAGACUGGGAGUACAUCAUUGGGUUCUGUGACCAGAUCAACAAAGAACUCGAAGGUCCACAGAUAGCCGUGAGACUACUGGCUCAUAAAAUCCAGUCACCCCAGGAAUGGGAGGCAUUCCAGGCCUUGACAGUGCUGGAAGCUUGUAUGAAGAACUGUGGGAGAAGAUUUCAUAAUGAAGUAGGGAAGUUUCGGUUUUUAAACGAGUUAAUAAAAGUUGUGUCUCCAAAGUACCUGGGAGACAGAGUCUCGGAGAAGGUGAAAACCAAAGUUAUUGAGUUGCUGUACAGCUGGACAGUGGCACUGCCAGAGGAAUCCAAAAUCAAAGAUGCCUACUAUAUGCUGAAGAGACAAGGUAUUGUUAUGUGUGACCCUGUAAUUCCAGUGGAUAGAACCCUGAUCCCCUCACCACCACCUCGCCCCAAAAACCCUGUGUUUGAUGAUGAGGAGAAAUCCAAGCUUUUAGCCAAACUGUUAAAAAGCAAAAACCCAGAUGACUUACAAGAGGCAAACAAGCUUAUUAAAUCAAUGGUAAAAGAGGACGAGGCUCGGAUCCAGAAGGUGACAAAACGUAUGCACACUCUAGAGGAAGUGAAUAACAACGUGAAGCUGCUGAAUGAGAUGCUGGUUCACUACAGCAAAGAGGACUCGUCGGAAGCUGAUAAGGAGCUCAUGAAGGAGCUCUACGAAAGGUGUGAAACCAAAAGACGGACGUUAUUCAAACUGGCCAGUGAAACAGAGGAUAACGACAGCAGUUUGGGGGAAAUUCUGCAGGCCAGUGACAAUUUAUCCUGGGUAAUAAAUUCCUAUAAAAAAAUAAUCGAGGGUCAAGUCAUCAAUGGUGAAGUGGAUAUCCCGACACUGUCUGCAACAGAAGGGAGCGAUCCCACCAGUAAUCUCAGUGCACUCAUUGACCUCGCUGGCAUGGACAUCUCCAGCACCCCGCCACCAACAAUGCCACCUUCAACACUAACGCCAGCACCAACGCUAGUGCCGACACAAGCUUCAUCAGAAAUUCCCAUCCUCCCACCUCCUCCCCAAAAGUUUGGUCACUCGCGGAGCCGGUCCUCCAGCCAAGUAGAAGUUCCUCUGACACAUCAGAGCAGCACGGCCAAUUCCCUCUUCUUGCUGGAUGAAGAGCUGCUGUGUUUAGGCCUGAAUGACCCAGCCCCCAGUACAGUGAAAGAUUCAACCAAAAACAACCAGUGGAGUAUGUUCCAGAAUGACCAAAUGGACCUGGACUUCUUUAGUCCGAAGCUGGUGACUGUCGCCUGCAAUACUGCAGUGAACCCUCUUCUUCAUUACACGUCACAGUCUGUGUGUGGAACAUCAGCACCUCUGCCUUCCACUUUCACAGCCUCUCAUAUCCCUGCACCUAAUGCAGCCCCGUUCUUGUUCUCUGCUGGACCAGCAGCCCCUCUGGGCCCGCCAAAGACUAUGCCAGUUCAGUACCUCAGUUCAGCCGUGGGAGACAAUGCUUUGCAUAAGAUGGAUGCACUGGGACAUCUUCUUGAAGAGGCCAAAGGGACUUCAGCCCAAGUGAAGUCAGCGCCCUUGGUAUUCUACCCUGGGGUUACCUUGCCAGCCACUGUCACCUCUGCCCCUUUAAUAUCCACCACAGGAUUGCCAGUUGCUGCUCCAGUGGCCCCUACUAUUCCUUUUCCAAGCAGCUGCACGGCAGGUUCAGGAAGCCCUCUAUAUCAAUCAGCUUCAUUCCAACAGCAGGGCAGCCCUCUGAAAGGGCCUGAUGCUUCUUUGGCCAAUGUCCAUGUUCCACUGGAAUCCAUUAAACCCAGCCGUGCUCUUCCUGUGACAGCCUACGAUAAGAACGGGUUCAGGAUCCUCUUACACUUUGCCAAGGAGUGCCCGCCGGGGAGGUCAGACGUGCUGGUUGUGGUGGUGUCCAUGUUAAACACAGCACCUCUUCCUGUGAAGAACAUUGUACUGCAGGCUGCAGUACCAAAGUCCAUGAAAGUGAAGUUGCAGCCACCCUCGGGUACAGAACUUUCUCCAUUCAACCCCAUCCAGGCACCUGCUGCCAUCACCCAAGUUAUGCUGCUGGCAAAUCCCGUGAAGGAGAAGGUGAGGCUGAGGUACAGACUGACUUUCACUUUGGGCGACCAGCCCAGCACAGAGGUUGGUGAAGUGGAUCAGUUUCCCCCAGUAGAUCAAUGGGGUAAUCUAUGACCCAGCGAGUCUGCCACAGUCUCCAUGAGAGGACCAGGCAAGGAUCCCAAAGGGACUGAAAUGAAUGUGACGUGGAAGGGGCACACAUGCUAUCCACUGGUGAUGUUUAGCUUUGUUUACAUGUCCUGACCACUUCGCUUGUAGCUUUAGUCUGGAAUGUUUUACCUCGGGAUGAAGUGGGCCCGGGGCAUCUAUGCCAAGAAUGAACUGAGUGGCAGCCAGAGAGAGGCUUUGCUGGCUGCUUUAUCUUGGCCUCUGGGUGAAUCUGGUUCUAUCUUCCACUUUGUUAUUAAACUUGAAAUUAUGGUGUUCUGGAAGGGAGACCUGUAGCCCAGAAGGGGAUUGGUCAGCUUCCUCCCUUGCUGUUGUGCACAGAUGCCUACAGGCUGGUAGGGUUAUGACGCCAUCCCGAGUUUCCUCGGUGCAGAGCCCUCAUGUCUGUGCCUGCCCUAAGGCUUUUGUCUCCUUGACACCUGAACUGAACCUCCUAGGCAUGCUGUGCAGUAACCACUGGCUCCAAGACGGGAGGGUUUUUUUUUUGUUUUUUUACAGUAAAAUGACACUUCUUGCCCCCUGUUCUCCUUUCCAAGGGCCAGCCUAAGCCAGUGCUGCCCAUUCAGACAGUAAUUGCGCAUUGUGAGACACUCUCUUUAGUUGCUUUCUUUUAUUUUAUACUUCCAGCUGUCUCUGCACUGUCUGUCUUCCAGGCAGCUUGUGCUAAUUUUUGUACUCACAUGCGUGUAUUGAAUAUUCUUCUGCCUUCAUCACAUUCCAUAGUAUGGGGGAGAGGAAAUGUGUGUAGCGAGAAGGUAAAACCAACAGGGCCAAAGGGCUCCAGUUGUCUUUGACUGAGUGGACAGCACAGGUUACACUGAUAAAGGAUGGCAACUAUAGUGCAGCAGCCUCAGUGCAACCACUAAUCAGGUGCAGAGGCUGGACCAGGGGUAAGGAGAAAAGCCUCUCAGUUCCCCUUGUGCAGGCGGUAUUAUUAUUAAAGUUGAAUAGAGUGUUCUCUUGAAAAGACUAGGAAUACAAAUGUAAAUAGUAGAGCUAUAGGACAUCUAAUGGUAAGUGAGCAGAUUGAUGAAAGUAAGGCAGAAUCCACUAGGCUGUAAUGGUGCACUGCUGGGUUUAGAACCCUAUUUUAUUUGUUCCCAGUAUUAAGUGGCUAAGUGCAAUUGUCUCCACAAAGGGAAAACCAACUGUAUUUUAAAUCAUGGGGCUCAGCCGAGUGAGCCCUCUAGCUACAUGAAUUAGGAGACGUAGUUCAAUACACUGAAAGUUUGAUUCCAGCAGUCUCUCCCCCCACUCUUAAUUUAAAACCUACACAAUCCUUCAGUGACUUUUUAGCAAAUUGUUUUAAAGAAGCAUUUUUUCCUGUUUUAAAUCUGUAACCUUACACUCCUGUGAAGACAGUAUGUGGAGUGGCUGUAUGAAAACUUAAUUACACUAGACAAAGUAUUUCUAGCAGUGCAAGGUACAGGCAAACAGAUCUUAAAUAGUGAAGGGAAUGGUCAGCCUGACUGUCCAGACUCAGUACAGCAGGAAGAUACUCCAGCCUAUUAUAAGAAUAAAGCUAAAAUGAGGAAGUGCUGCUGGAUUUAAUGGAGGUUAUAAAACCCAUUACUGUAAGUAAAGCUCGGAAUUCUUUCUAGCCAUCUUAUACUUUCCACUGUGGCUCCAUGUUUUUCUUCAGAGUAGUGAGAAAUACGAACCACAAGGAGAAGUGAAAGACAAGGCAGAUGCCCUGAUGCGAAGGGGGCACUAGCCAUUGAAAGGUAAGCGUAGAAGUAAAAAUCCAAACUCAGCUUGCUAAGUGUCAGCGCUGGUUUGGCACUCAGGACCAAGGCAUGUGGCCUCCUCAGUUGUCUUUGAGUGGAAGAUGCUCCUGGAUUCUGAAAAAAAGCAGCAGCUGUGUUCUUAAACUGACAGAAAGAGGUGGUGAGCAAGGAACAUUCUUUCUGCUUUCAACAUGUGCCUCACUGGCAUUGUAGACAAUACAUUUAGGGGCUUCGCUUAGCUCUUUAAGUCUGCCCAGGUGCUGUAACGUAUUGUUAGGAAGCAGAUUUCACUGCUUGAGAUGCCUAGAAGUGACUCUCACGGUGGCUUUGAGGAAAGCAGAAGAGCCCAAGUGCUUUCUGCAGAAUGGCUUCAUCUUCCUUGUUAACGGCACUGCAGUGCCCAUGCUGUAUAGUCAAAGGGCAAAGUACCAUAGUCUCACUGUGGGGAAAAGUAUUGUACAAGCUUUGGAAAUUAAACUAUUUAUGAAUGUUACUUGUUCAUAGGUUGAGGUUGCAGCUUCAUACUGAGCCAUCAUAUUGUAAAUAUGUCUCCAAUGCAUUUGUUUUGCUGCAUGUUAAAUAAACUGUUUUCCCUA